UAACAAGCAGAUAAGCUUGCUUGAAAAAACUAGAUUUGGUGCACUCAGAAGAUGACAUCUGAGCGAUGGGGAUCAUUUCAAAUUCAUGUAAGACUAGUUGGUUUUUAUAUUCUGGUCACAGCAACUGUCAAGGGACAAGACCAGGAAAUCUAUGGUGAUAUAUAUCCCAAUACAAGAGCAGAGUUAAAUCUAUACUACAAUACCCAGCAUAGAGAAGAAAAGUGUUAUAGAGAUGUGCCAGCCAUAUUCUUUCAAUUCAAAGAAGAGGAGCCUAUAAUGGGAAAUUCCUCAAUUCCCAAUUAUCUUCGUUUCGAAAAAUGUUGUGAGGGUUAUGUGGCAACGAGUAGACCCCUAGAUUUGGAUUCUAAUAAGUGUGUGCCCGACUGUUCGCUGGUAUCGGCUAACAAUUGCCGCAAUGGCUUUUGUCGCUCAUCACAGCACUGUGAAUGUUUCGAAGGUUUUGUGGCUAACUCCAAGGGGAAUUGUGUUCACACUUGCCCUUUGGGUUGUGAGAAUGGACAUUGCCUAUUGGAUGGCACCUGCAUUUGUAAUCCUGGCUAUAGUCUGGAAUCUGAAACUAGGAAAUUUUGUAUACCUCAAUGUUCUCAUAUACCAUGUGGACUGAAUCAAGAAUGUGUUGCACCUGGAGAGUGUCAAUGCCAGGUUGGUUAUCAGUGGUUGGAUUUUUUGGGUUGCCAACCUAUAUGCCAGCCAGGGUGUGGAUUUGGUCGCUGUGGGGCUCCGCAAGAGUGUGAAUGUUUUGCUGGUUAUAUCAAGAGACCGGGGAGGAAUAUUUGUGAAGCGGAAUGUAAAAUCAACUGUCUGAAUGGCUUCUGUGAGUCCUUUUACAAAUGCCAAUGUUUCAAUGGUUUUGUCUAUGAUUCUCUCUCCCAAACUUGUCUUCCCCAUUGUCCAGAUUCCUGUGAGCAUGGGGUGUGCAUAGCUCCUGGCAUAUGUCGAUGUUUUGAAGGUUAUUAUUUGUGGGACAAUAUUUGCAGGCCAAUAUGUGAAAAUGGCUGUGGUCCUUAUGGCAAAUGUGUCAAGCCCAAUACCUGUGCUUGUGGCAGUGGUCAGCAACAUUGUUUAGGUGGUGACCAAUGUACUUCGGAGGGGAAAUGUCGUUGUCCUUUCGGAAUGCAGCAUUUCAUAGAUCGUUGCCUUUAUCCCUUUAAGGUGCAAAGCAAGAUUUUCACCACAGCUGAAAGAUUGCACUACGACAAGGAAUUGAAAUAUGAAUUUGAGGCUUUAAUAGGGAGAUUUUUUCAAUUUUAA